GACCUACUGCUGUGGUUCCCCUCAUCACGAAGGGUUUCAAUAAUAUGCCUUUGAAUAACCCAAUCUUUCUGCAUGUUGGCGAUGCAUCGAUAACACAAGAACGUUCUUCCCACAAAUACGUGUGCGCUCUUAAUGACAUCAGCGGGAAGUACGAUUCCGCUUGCAAGUUCCAGCACGACGAUAUACUUUCGUGGUGACGUCCACUUCCGCUCAAUGUCACCUUAUUGCCUUCUAGCGAUCGCCCCUCCCGCCCCCCGCCCCCGACUCCCCCUGGUCGACUUGAACGUCAAAAUAUCAAAAAACCUGGACACCUACUACGUUGGACAGGUCAUGGCCGGGUACCCGCAGAUCCUCGCCGUGUGUGACCGGCUCCUGCCCGAAGACGUGAAACCGGAGAGCAGCGGCGUGGGGGGGGCGGCCGCCGGCCCUAUCGGGGCCAAGGGAGCCGCUGCUGACGCGAAGAGGAGAGAGGACUCCAAACGCAGAGCGAGGGAGGACAACGCCCACCUCAAGGCCAACAAAAAGGUGUCUUAAGAACGCCGUCAGCGUGCAAGAGAGGGCCACUGUUGCCAUGCACUCAGUGGCGUCGGGACUUGGACUGCCCCCGGCGGAUUAAACGAGCUAUUUCUGCCAGCGUCCGAACCCGCCCCCGCCGCAGCAUCUUCCUCGCGGGACAUCGUAUAGAUGCAAAGACCGCAAAAUUGGCGUUUUUCGACACCUUGUUCAAAUCUUUCCAAGCCUCUACGAAAAAUCUCAAAGAAGCCAAAGCAGAGGCGGCAGGCGACGACAGCACGGCGCUGGAAAUGAACGGUUUUCUGGAAAAAAAUGUAGCAAAGAUUAGAAUCGAGAUGGCUGAAUGGGAUAAGAGUCCCAUUUGAGGGACAGCCCGCGGUCCCUCCCCGAUUCCACAUGUGCUAGAGCGAUCGAUUGUGUUUAAGUGGCGGUUGGAGAAAGAUCGUUCGUGUGUGGGCGGGGGAGGGAGACGGCAGAUCGCCUUCACUUGCCGUACCGUUUGUAUUUUGUCGGGUGGGUGUUUGACGAGUGCACCACGUGUAGAACGCGAAUGGAGAACGCGUAGCGCACGCUUGAUAUUCGAUGUUUUUUUUAGCCGCGUACAGCAUACCACUUGUCUUCUAUUUUUUGUGUUGUUUUUUUACAGAUGACUAGGGGGGGGGAACACGCAGAGGACCGUGUGGCGCACGACCAAAGUUCUAUUUUUCUAGACAAGUACAGCAGCACCACUUGUUCGUGUUUGGUCGGUGUGUUUAUCACUUACCACCGUCUGCAUUCGUAAAUGCUUCGGAAUCAACGUCUCCUCACGACGUGAAAGUAGUCAAAUACAACGUAAAGAGCGUUUCGAAUGUUAUCCCGAUAUGGUUAUCCCGGGCUGUGGGAGAUGACCGUCUACGCCAUGAUGCUGUUCAGCCAAUACUGUCUCCCAAGAGACAAUAUCGUGAGGUCAGAAGAAAAAAAAACAUCUCUGUUACCAUCUCGCAUCACGCAACCAUGACAUGAAAAAAUUCCCCGACACAGGGAGGAGGGUGCUCACCCUUACCCUACACGCCCAACGUUAUAAAAAAUGCGUUUGGAAACCUACGUUCUUCUUCGACAUCUCUGCAACAUUCGAAUUUUCUCGCUCAAGAGAUGCAAACGCAGGAAUGACACCCGAACAAACGACGUCAUGAAAAGCGACAAUACUUAUCGAAACAACACUAAAUCUUUCUGACACCACUCAGGCAUUAUCCCGGUUUAUGAUGUUUGUAACACACAAAACACGACUUCCGCAAAAUUGUCUCCACGUCCUCGUAGAGGCGCAUGUGGAUUUGGCGCCCGACCCUCUCCCCCCGAAAAAAAAAGCCUUCUCACCCGCCCGUGCGCCUUCCCUUCCCUUUCACCUUCCCCCCUCGCCCUACCCCACCAAAGGCGUUGUAUUCCCGACCACCGUUGUCAACACCCCCCACCCCGGCCAUGGCUCACGCUACUCAAAGGCCACCACCGCCGCAUUUGCCUCGUCUCGUCCAUCAUCCACGUACUACAUCCUCGGGACCCACCCUCCACCGCAGCCCGCCCGCGUUCGAUCCCUUACGUGUUCCUCGCUGCGUUGCGCACCAAGUUGUGCUUUGGGCGGUACUGGCGCUUGUUGUCCAGAAUCAUCGUGAUCCCCUUGCGCGUGGAGACUUCGCCUGACCUGGUCGGUUUCUGCGCGUCCUUGGUGGUCGUGCUGAAAGCUCCUGGCAGAGUCUUGUCGCCGAGUAGGUGGGGGCGUAGCUGGACCACCUCGGCGUCUUCUUCCGACCGGUGGAUUGGUGUGACCUCGUCCCGGAGAUAAUUGUGGAGGCGGAAGAGCGCCGUGAUGAGGUCGCAGCGCCCAGCGAACUGAACACGCAACGGCUUCCACAGGAUGCCCCACUGGCCGACGAGAAUGCCAAACGCUUGCUCGAUCCUGACUGAGUCGGCUCAGAUAGAAGUUGAACCCGUCUUUGUCCAGCGGCAGUCCCUUCCCUGGGCACGGAGUCAACAGGUGGUCGCUUAGGGGGUAAGCCGCGUCUCCGAGCAUGUAGAAGCCUGGCGGCAGGUUUUUCACCGCUGUGAAUAGAUCCGAAUGGUUCCAUGCCGUCCAGUCAUUGGUUGAGCCGGGUGCACUGCAAGACAUGCUGCAAAACCGGUAGUUGUCAUCGCACGUCGCCUGUACGUUCAUCCCGUAGCCGCACUUGCUCCCAGAAUAAUACGAAAGAACGUUCGGAGUGUUGAGGGCAGUCGGAGCAAGAGUCUCCACGAAGAGGCAAUCCCCCGCAGCUACCACACCUUGAAAGGCGUCGCCCGUGCUUUUUUCCUGAGGACAGACAUGGCACUCGGGGAGGGACACAACAGAGACGCUCUUAGAGUCGAAAAAGAUAGAUUUUCAGGCAGAGGCGAGCCCAUCGACUACCCCACAAACAACGUACGGGUGUGUGCGAGCAAUUAAAGACGAACCCUCUCCUAGACAUGCCAAUCAAUACAGUGCGACUGUUCGUGCCAAUGGUCCCUGCAGACUGGAGCUCAUUUCACCAUGCAUCAAGCCAAUACGUGGACAAGAUAUAUAGAAGAGGUUUCCCGGUGCUGUCACAAGUGCUUCCCUCUCGCUCCUUAUUCGGUGCGUCCAGACAAGCAGGAUAUUCUGCCGAGCGGAGGAUCGACACGCAUGUAUCCAUGUAAUCCGCAUCAUUUGUUUUGGGCCAAGACCCUGCAGCAGUGGUACCUUGCUUAUGUAGCAUACCAUACACGUUAGGAGGCUUGUAUUGUAGCCUACGAAAGAGGUGAAGUUGACUGCUCUUCCGACACCAGACCCGGUAGACAUAACACAGCACAACACCUGUCUGUCCAUUUUCGCCGCCUUGCCUGUUUUUGGCAAUUUUCGCACGUACGUCUGUUCGCAUACUGUAAUCAAUAUUCGAAGUAAUGUUGAAACUAAACCGCCACCAAACACGAUCAUGUGUUCUUUCACAGCAUCAUAGUCACCUAGUCUACCUGGAUUGCAAACAUGCAAUCUACCCUGCUGCUGUAAAAUAGUGUACCAUAUCCGCACCUUCCAUUCUGCCGCCUGCCAGGUGCAUUCAUCCUCGCUCUGCGGA